AUGAACGCCGCCUUCUCCUCCAGACUCCUCUCCACCACUACCCGCACUGCUCCCGUUGCUGCUGCUCUGCGUUCCCGUCGUUUCCUCCCAAACUCCUUUGGCGCUGUAAAGACUGUAUCUCUCUCUGCAUACCGCACAAUGGCUACCACCAAGAUCAAGGUCAAGAACCCCGUCGUCGAGCUCGACGGCGACGAGAUGACCCGCAUCAUCUGGCAGACCAUCAAGGACAAGUUCAUCCACCCUUACCUCGAUAUUGACCUCAAGUACUACGAUCUCGGCCUCGAGUACCGUGACCAGACCAACGAUCAGGUCACCAUCGACGCUGCCGAGGCUAUCAAGAAGUACUCUGUCGGUGUCAAGUGUGCCACCAUCACUCCCGAUGAGGCCCGUGUCGAAGAGUUCAAGCUCAAGCAGAUGUGGCUCUCUCCCAACGGUACCAUCCGUAACGCUCUCGGCGGCACCGUCUUCCGUGAGCCCAUCGUCAUCCCCCGCAUCCCCCGCCUCGUCCCCGGAUGGAAGCAGCCCAUCAUCAUCGGCCGUCACGCCUUCGGUGACCAGUACCGCGCCAAGGACCGUGUCAUCCCCGGCCCUGGCAAGCUCACCAUGGUCUACACUCCCGAGGGCGGCCAGCCCGAGGAGAUCGAGGUCUUCCAGUUCAAGGAGGGCGGUGGUGUUGCCCAGACCCAGUACAACACCGACGAGUCUAUCCGUGGCUUCGCCCACGCCUCCUUCAAGCUUGCUCUUGACAAGAACUACCCUCUGUACAUGAGCACCAAGAACACCAUCCUUAAGAAGUACGAUGGCCGCUUCAAGGACAUCUUCCAGGAGCUCUACGAUACCCAGUACAAGAAGGAGUUCGAGGCCAAGAAGAUCUGGUACGAGCACCGCCUCAUCGACGACAUGGUCGCCCAGAUGAUGAAGAGCAGCGGUGGCUACAUCAUGGCCCUUAAGAACUACGAUGGUGAUGUCCAGUCCGACGUCGUUGCCCAGGGCUUCGGCUCCCUCGGCCUCAUGACCUCGGUCCUCAUCACCCCCGACGGCAAGACCUUCGAGUCCGAGGCCGCCCACGGCACCGUCACUCGCCACUACCGCGAACACCAGAAGGGCAACGAGACCUCCACCAACCCCAUUGCCUCCAUCUUCGCCUGGACCCGUGGUCUCAUCCAGCGUGGCAAGCUCGACGACACCCCCGAGCUCGUCGCCUUUGCCGAGAGCCUUGAGAAGGCCUGCAUUGACACCGUCGACAUUGACGGCAUCAUGACCAAGGAUCUUGCUCUCGCCUGCGGCAAGAACGGCCGCGAGGACUACGUCACCACCAACGAGUACCUCAACGCCGUUGAGCGCCGCAUGAAGAACACCCUCAAGGAGAAGUUGUAA